UUUCUCUCCACACUUCGAGAAAGUAGUACUUGGAACAACAAAAACCACUCACUAAACCAAGUGGACUGAGGAAGAUGGGAGCGAUCCAACUAGAUUGGCUCGCAUAUCCUCAUACUAACUAGAGUAAAGAUGUACAUGAAUGGUGAGGCAAAAACACCGUAGUUGCUAUCAUGGAACACAAACCUAAGUUAAUGGCCACUGUAAGUCGUCAAGGUCAAGGAGUGCAUGCUGAUUGUAUAAUGAUAGAUAGAUUGAGUAAUCUUCCAGACCCUAUCGCCCACCACAUUUUUUCCUUCGUUGAUCUAAAAGACAUCGUACGAGUGGGCUGUGCGUCCAAAAGAUGCAGACAAUUUCACCUGUCAACUCCAACUUUGAGUUUCAAUUUCAAUGAAUUUCCCGACAUGAAGAAAUCCCCGUGUAGCAAGAGGUUAGAGGUGAUGAAUUCUUUGGAUAGGUUGUUAGCUCAUCGCCAGAACGAUAAGUUAAAACGCUUCCACAUCCAUUGGGUUCCACAUAACCGCUACGUGGAGGACUGCUCUUGUGAUGAGAGCUUUCGGAUCAUGACGUGGGUCUACGAUGCAGUAAGGUGCGAAGUUGAAGAGCUUGAUCUUGACAUCUGUGUACAUCAAGAGACACCAUUAGCAUUAUCGUCCUUCAUGUUUCUUUGUGAUUCUUUGAGGUCUUUAUCAGUGAACAUGAAGUGUGUUCUUAAAGCACCGCCCCUCAAUUCGUCAUCUAAUCUAAAAAGCCUGAAUUUGAGAGAAGUUUGUAUAGUAGACGAGGAGUUUUUCACAUGGAUUUCAUGUUGCUGCAAGUGCAUAAAGGAAUUGCGUCUUCAUGAUAUUUAUGGGGUACAAAAUAUCACCAUCGAAAGCUCUUCUCUGGAAUCAUUUGUUUUUCGGUGUCCCGGUUUGAGUGCUGGCUGCAAUCUCAACAUCUCAGGAGAGAAACUUGAAAGCUUACAUAUCUAUUGGGGAAAUAUUUUUCUUGACAGGAAAUCGUCGUUAAAUCUUUUCGCUCCAAAUCUUAAAUCUUUGAUUUGGUCGGGGAGUUUGUUUUCUCACCAAAAUGUGGGGAAAUUAACGUGUUUAGAGAAGGCUGAGCUUUCUUUGAAGGUUAAGUCUGGAAAAGAGUUCGACAUCAUAUAUGAGAUUCUCUGCAGCAUGCCUGAGGUUAAAGUUCUUAUUCUACACAAAGAGAUCACCAAGGCUCUAUUAAAGGAAGGUCCUAUACCAACACUCUUUUGUGCUCGGAUUCAUUAUUUACAAAUGCACAUGGAGGGCUUGUUUGAUUUUCUGGUCCCUGCAAUGGUCUGUUUUUUUCGAGGAAUGCCAAGUUUGAAUACUUUGUAUCUAAAAUCUGACCAAAUCACCUUCCACCCUGAAGCUAGAUCAUCCGGGUUUGACGCGGAAUUCUGGAAAUCGCAAAACCUUGCUUUUAUUAAGAAACUGAGGCUGGUAAACAUUGAGCUUUCCAAUGGGUCUAAUGGAAUCGAGUUAGCAAGGUAUAUCCUCGAGCAUGCUCAGAACUUGGAGAAAAUGGCGAUUGUGCAUUCACCUGAGCAAUCUAAUGCUAUAGGGAAGUUAAAUGAAAGCAAGAAAGCUCCCAAUGCCAUAGUUGUCUUUGAAGAAGAUCAAGAAAGAGGGACAAGAAAGCAUGGGCCUCGCGCGUUUUGGUUGUUUUCCCGAAUGCUGCAGAGAUCUCUUGACUCGAUUUGGUCUCUGAACUUUGAUGACUAUGGCUAUCCUUAGUUUGUUUUCUUGGUGUAAUUCUGUACUGUAUUUAGCUUUAACUGAACGCGUAGUAGUUGUCGUAAAGUGUAUUGACGCUUCUGAAUGCUUGAUGUGUUGCGAGUUUCGUUUUUUUUUUUUUUUUCCAAAACCAAGUGGUGUUUUGCAUUUCCAACACUGCGUAUUGUUUUUGAGUGCUGCUAAACGAACCCUAAAAUUAACUGAGUACACCUUAUAAUCUAAGUUAACCCUAAUAUUUUAAUUAAAAUGUAAAAUUAACUAAGUACACCCUAUUUAACUACCAAAAAUAGCCCUAGCACAACACUCUAAUACCAAUCCUAAACCAGAUUUCUCUUUUUACAUG